UCUUCUUCUAUCUCCCUGAUUAUAUCUUUCAGGUCAGAUAUAGGUGGUUGCUUAAUUUUCCAUCCAUAUAUAUAAUUUGUCUUUCAGUUCGGGACUCGAAGUGUGACUAUCCAGCUGCAUGUAAUGCCAUGGAGACGCUACUCAUCCACAAGGAUCUGGUAAACCACCACUUCUUUGAAGAUGUUUGUCACGCCUUGAAAUCUGAAGGGGUAAAGAUAAACUCUGGCCCACGACUUUCCAAGCUCUUAACUUUUGGUCCCUCUGUUGCGAAGUCAAUGAAGACUGAAUAUGGAAGCCUGGAGUGUGCAGUGGAGGUAGUGGACAGUGUAGAGGAUGCAAUAGAACAUAUAAAUACCUGUGGUAGUGGACAUACUGACGUCAUUAUUACCGAUGAUGGUGAGUGAAUUGAUAUAUUUUUUUUUAUUCUAGUCAUC